AUGGAUUUCCUGCUACCCAUAAGAAGUCAAGACAUGUUAGCAUACUCCAGCUCUGCUCCUCUUCUGGGCCCUCACAGCAGCAGCACCAGACACCACUACCAGUGCGUCAAGAGAAAGCUGCGGCCCGGUAGGAUUCUGGGCUUCGUCAUCAGCCUGGUAGCUGUCUGCACAGUCUGUUCAUGGAGUGCCUUUUCACUGGUCACAACAGUGGACACCGAGCGGGAAUCGGCCGACGAGGGCUCAGCAGGGGCGGCGUUGCCCCAAAGAACUCUCCUGCAGCACCGCAACCUCUCAGCCGCACAUCAGGACACACCACAGUCCAUGGAAUCAACUUCUGUGCUAGAGAUGAAUCAUGGGGACUAUCCAACGGACUACUUCAGCGUGGAUGAGAGACGCCAGGGCUUUGUGUCGUUUCAUAUGUUUGGCAUGUUGUACAUGUUCAUAGCCUUAGCCAUCGUGUGUGAUGAGUUCUUUGUCCCUGCGCUCACUGUCAUCACAGAGAAGCUGGAGAUCUCUGAUGAUGUAGCAGGAGCCACCUUCAUGGCAGCAGGAGGCUCGGCCCCAGAGCUCUUUACCUCUGUCAUAGGAGUCUUUGUCUCCCACAGCAACGUGGGUAUUGGUACCAUCGUGGGAUCGGCUGUCUUCAACAUCCUGUUUGUGAUCGGGAUGUGCGCCCUGUUCUCCAAAGAGGUGCUGAACCUCACCUGGUGGCCUCUGUUCAGAGACGUCUCAUUCUAUAUCAUCGGCUUGCUCAUGCUCAUCUAUUUCUUUCUGGAUAAUCAAAUCACGUUGGGAGAAAGUAUCAGUCUGCUUAUGUGCUACACCUGCUAUGUGACAUUCAUGAAGUUCAAUGCCAAAGUUGAAUAUGUCAUCAAGAGCACGCUGGGCGGCAACCAGGUGGAUGGGCUUGAAAAUGCACCAAAGGUGAGCCUGAACCCAUCCACCCACCCAUCCAUCCAUCCAUCCAUCCAUCCAUCCGUCCAUCCAACCAUGCCAGCUAAACCCAGACUGCAGAGGGAAGGCAGCUGUGCUUCUCUGCACAACUCGCUGAUGAGAAACAGCAUCUUCCAGCUCAUGAUUCACACUCUGGACCCCCUCAGUGACGAAGGGCGUUUCAAAGAGAAGGCGUCUAUCCUCCACAAAAUGGCCAAGAAGAAGUGUAAAGAAGAAGGUGCCAGUGCCAACGGUGUAGCCCCAGCUGAUAAAAACAUCCCCAACAGUUCGAAUGUGGCCGUAGAAGUCACGCCGCCCAUGAACGGUGUUGCAGGAGGAGACGAGGAUGGCGACGAAGAGGAAGAUGAAGACCAGCCUCUGAGCCUGGCCUGGCCCGACACCACCAGGAAACGGCUCACAUACCUCUUUAUCUUGCCCAUAGUCUUUCCUCUUUGGCUCACGCUGCCUGACGUCAGGAGAGAGACCUCAGAAAGGUUCUUCCCCAUCACUUUCCUCGGCUCCAUCUGUUGGAUUGCUUUCUUCUCCUACCUGAUGGUGUGGUGGGCUCACCAGGUUGGAGAGACUUUCUGGAUCACAGAGGAGAUCAUGGGUUUGACCAUAUUAGCAGCUGGAACUUCAAUCCCUGACCUCAUCACCAGUGUGAUCGUAGCACGAAAAGGCCUCGGUGACAUGGCCGUGUCCAGCUCGGUGGGCUCCAACAUCUUUGACAUCACCGUGGGUCUGCCGUUCCCCUGGCUCAUCUACAACAUCAUCAACGACUUCAAGCCGGUGGAGGUGAGCAGCAACGGCCUGUUCUGCGCCAUCGUCCUGCUCUUCCUCAUGCUCCUCUUCGUCAUCAUCUCCAUCGCGGCUUGCAAGUGGAGAAUGAGCAAGUUCUUGGGCUUCCUCAUGUUCCUGCUCUACUUCGUCUUCCUCAUCGUCAGCGUCAUGCUGGAGGACAAAAUCAUCGUCUGUCCCGUCACCAGUACACAGUUACACAGUGUAUAUUAUGAUUUCUUUCUCUGUUUUUUCCUGAAGGUGAAUGAACCUGGAGAUGAUGAGAACAAGCUGACGGCUAAACCCAGACUGCAGAGGGAAGGCAGCUGUGCUUCUCUGCACAACUCGCUGAUGAGAAACAGCAUCUUCCAGCUCAUGAUUCACACUCUGGACCCCCUCAGUGAUGAAGGUACGAGUGAGCAACAACAUCGACUGAACGCACAAGGGCGUUUCAAAGAGAAGGCGUCUAUCCUCCACAAAAUGGCCAAGAAGAAGUGUAAAGAAGAAGGUGCCAGUGCCAACGGUGUAGCCCCAGCUGAUAAAAACAUCCCCAACAGUUCGAAUGUGGCCGUAGAAGUCACGCCGCCCAUGAACGGUGUUGCAGGAGGAGACGAGGAUGGCGACGAAGAGGAAGAUGAAGACCAGCCUCUGAGCCUGGCCUGGCCCGACACCACCAGGAAACGGCUCACAUACCUCUUUAUCUUGCCCAUAGUCUUUCCUCUUUGGCUCACGCUGCCUGACGUCAGGAGAGAGACCUCAGAAAGGUUCUUCCCCAUCACUUUCCUCGGCUCCAUCUGUUGGAUUGCUUUCUUCUCCUACCUGAUGGUGUGGUGGGCUCACCAGGUUGGAGAGACUUUCUGGAUCACAGAGGAGAUCAUGGGUUUGACCAUAUUAGCAGCUGGAACUUCAAUCCCUGACCUCAUCACCAGUGUGAUCGUAGCACGAAAAGGCCUCGGUGACAUGGCCGUGUCCAGCUCGGUGGGCUCCAACAUCUUUGACAUCACCGUGGGUCUGCCGUUCCCCUGGCUCAUCUACAACAUCAUCAACGACUUCAAGCCGGUGGAGGUGAGCAGCAACGGCCUGUUCUGCGCCAUCGUCCUGCUCUUCCUCAUGCUCCUCUUCGUCAUCAUCUCCAUCGCGGCUUGCAAGUGGAGAAUGAGCAAGUUCUUGGGCUUCCUCAUGUUCCUGCUCUACUUCGUCUUCCUCAUCGUCAGCGUCAUGCUGGAGGACAAAAUCAUCGUCUGUCCCGUCACCGUCUGA